GUGCGGGGAAGGGCGAUCAAGGGUGGAGAGAGCCCACGUCCGCGGGCGGGGCCCACAGCUGGCCGCCUGCUCCUGCACCUGCUCCGCCACCUGCCGCUGCACUUGGCUUGCGGGCGCUGGCCGCGGACGCUUCUGAGGAGCUCAGCUCAGGUGUCCUAGAACACUGAUGGCAAACUUCAAGGGCCAUGCUCUCCCAGGGAGCUUCUUCCUGAUAGUUGGACUGUGGUGGUCAGUGAAGUACCCACUGAAGUACUUUCACCAGAAGGGGAAGAACAGCAGGCUCAACCAUUAUUACCAGCGUCUAGAGGUCAUCGAGGCUGCAGUCAGGAUUCUGUUUUCAGUCAUUGGGAUCCUGGCAGAGCAGUUUGUUCCUGAUGGGCCCCACCUACACCUCUACCAUGAAAACCACUGGAUGAAGCUAAUGAACUGGCAGCACUGCACCAUGUACCUAUUCUUUGCAGUCUCAGGAAUCAUUGACAUGCUCACCUACCUUGCCUCCCAUGUCCCCUUGGGGGUAGACAGAUUGGUUUUGGCUAUGGCAGUAUUCACUGAAGGUUUUCUCUUCUACUACCAUGUUCAUAACCGAUCUCCACUGGACCAGCAUAUCCACUCACUCCUGCUGUAUGCUUUGUUUGGAGGGAGUAUCAGUAUCUCCCUGGAGGUGAUCUUUCGGGACAAUAUUGUGCUGGAACUUUUCCGAACCAGUCUGGUUAUUCUUCAGGGAACUUGGUUCUGGCAGAUUGGGUUUGUGCUGUUCCCACCUUUUGGGACACCUGCAUGGGACCAGAAUGAUGAGACCAACAUCAUGUUCAUCACCAUGUGCUUCUGCUGGCACUACUUGGUUGCCCUCUGCAUUGUGGCCAUCAACUACUCUCUUGUUUACUGCCUUCUGACACGGAUAAAGAAACAUGGAGGAGAAAUUAUUGGGAUUCAGACACUGAAGUCCAAUCACACUUACCAGACUGCACUUUUGAGUGGCUCAGAUGAGGAACGAGAUUAGGCCAUGGAGUUUAGGAGACCUCCUAUCCCUUUGAGCCCCCAAGGAGUGAAUAUAGCUUAUUCCCUCAUUUUGAGGCUUACCUUGGUCUGCUCCUAAGGCUCCAUACAUUUGUACCUCCUCAUUUAAUACAAGGCUGGAGGCUCUAGUACAGGAAAUUAGGCCUCUGAUGUUUUGUAUAUUUUGCUGUUUGGAUUCUUAAACAUAAGUUAACUUAGUCUGUGUUAGUGUAAUAUCUUUCAUAAAGAGAAAUGAGGUAAUACCUGUAAGUAACAAGCCUGUGCAUCUGUAUAGAGAAAUCAAAGACUGAAAACCUAAAACAGGAAAUAACCUCGUGAAUGAAAUAAUGAGUCCAGCAAGACAUCAUGCUGCUUUUCCUUCAAGAAAACAGGUAUUUUCUUACUGGAAAAACAUCAGGACACAUGUGAAUGACAGUGCUUUUACUUUAAAGCUAUAAUUCUAACUUGUAUUUUUUUUAAGUAAAGCAAUUUACAAGCAAAUUUUAAAUAUUUUAAAUAUUACUUGUUAAACAUUUUCUAACUAAUCGUAACAGAGCACUGCAAUGCCUCCAUUGAUAAGGGACAAAAUUAGGCCAAAGAUAUAUAUAUAUAUAUAUAUAUAUAUUUUUUUUUUUUUUUUUAAACAGGAAGUUAAUUAGUAGCCCAGCCAGGCUUGUGGAACUCAGCUGUUUUGACUUCUAAAGUCACCCAAAAGAGGGUGCCAAAAUGAAAUCUGUACAGUGAGGUACAGAGAAAAACAUCAGGUUAUGGAACGCCUUGAAUUUCAACAUAGCUGAAAGCAAAAGAUAUGAAUUCUGAAUUAGUAAUAUAAAAUCUUGAUAUUAUAUAA